AUGUCAACAACCAUCCAGUCUCGAAUCGUUGACCUUGACGGGUUAAUCCCCAGAAUCAUCGACAUUGAACGCGAAGAUGACGUCGAGAAUCUAAUCCCCUGGGUCUUCCAACACAUCGACAAUGCACAAGGUAUCGACCCCGAAAACUGGCCAGAUGGAGAAAGGAAUUCUGGACCUUCUUUGACGAUUAUCUCGAGUACUGUUCCUAUAUUCAACGAUGGAGACUUGUUGAAGACAUAG